AUGCUUCGAAAAUGGAGACUCCCGCGAGCAGCACGCCUGACUCGGCUUCGGGCAACGCUUCGUUUGAGGUCUCUACUCGCCACUCUAGUCAAAACAAUCCACGUUCCCGAUCCAAACAUACCGCUGUACCUUGAAAAUGGAGACCCGAAUCCCGUUUACGAUGCAUACCUUUGCACGCUGGCAUGCGUGGUCAUGAUCUGUCCCAAUCUCGAGGCCCUCACUGGCUUCGUCCCAUUUUACAAUCACACGUUUGAUCGAUUGACCUACGCUUUGUCGACAAGACCAAGAUUGCGCCAGCAUAUCUGGGUCAUAGCCGAGAACGACGACAUCAGAUCACGGUGUCAAGAGCAGCUGGCCCCAGGACUUUUGGAUGAAUACCAGAGAUAUCAAUUCGUACAGUACCACGAGCGGUGGAAGUUGCUGGAAACUCUCAUGCUAUGCUCACCCGGAGGCCUUGGUGUGAUUGAACAUGAUCUAUUUGUUGAUGUUCUUCAUUCUCUACCAUCGCUCAGACAUCUUUGCGUUUCUUCCUUCGACGCCGAUGAUUUUCAUGACGGCACUUUGGCGGCCCUCCCCCCAAUAGCUUCUCUACGCCUUGAAGAAUGCUAUGGAGUCACAGAUGUUGGCCUAACUAAAUGGGCUUCAAGCCCAAAUGCCACUCACAUAGAAAAACUAAGCCUGGUACAUCAGAAUAUUGUUAGUUUGCUCACACUGUCAAAGAUCUUUACCAGUUUGGAUGGAUUGAUCAAAUUCAGCAUUGUGCAAAACGACGUCCAACCUUCUUUGCCUGUCGAAAAGGGACUUGUCGUCAUCCAACCUGUACUAGCCUCAGAAUCGCUGAGAUUCCUCCACUGGGACAUUUUCUGCGACGAGGUAGAGUCCUCCAUGGGUCCAAAUAUUUACCAGACACUUCACCAGCCCUUCGGGAACCAUCCACUACAUUCACCAUGGAAUCAGUCCAUCCGAACACCUCACCAUAUGCCGAACACACAGCUUGCUCUCUCAAUAGCAUACAGAGGGUUCCCGUCAUUGAGACAACUGCGAGCACCCCGUGACAUUUCCCCUUGGGGUGUUCUGCAUUCAGUGUGCCAACCCACGGUCAGCGGGUACUCCCUGUUAUUGGAUGACCACCUGCAUCUGCGUCAAUUUCAAGAGAAUCCAAGUUCAAGUUCCCUACGCGUGGCGCGUGUGCGAGCUCAUGUUAUCGUUGAACAAAUGGUAAAGGAGAGGUCCGCUCAGACCUCCGCUGCAUCGGAUCCUUCAAUGGCACAUUUCAUUAACGAUGACCCUCUCUUCCCGCAGCAACUUACGGGCGAAGGAUCAACCUCCUCUGUCGAUCCGCAGGCCAAUGAUGUCUCUAUUCUAUCAGACAAAAGUGCACAGCCUACCGAAACUCGGCCGGGCCACCGUCUAUACCAACUUCCUCCUGUUGCCUCCGAUCAUAGAGCGAAUUGCCCUUCUACGGGAGACCCGGACAAAGAAGUGGUUGCAGACUCAAAGAGGAUGACUUGCAUUCCUGCGUCUGAUAGCUCGGAGAGAGAGAGUAUAUGUCAAUGCGAACUGGGAUCAGCAACAAGUAGAGGGAGUAUCUGCGAUUGCACCAGUGAUACAAUCUCGAAUCCAGAUCUCUCUAGCCUUGGCUCGCUUCCUCCUCAAAAUCCUCGGCGCCCCGGACCUCUCCCGGUCCAUCAGCUCAAUCCACCUUCUGCAGCUGAUUUGCGGCCAGAAGAGCGUCAUAGGAAACCACCGUCAGUUCGUCCUCCGACCACUGUCAUCCCGGCUGACGGGCCAGAUCCCCCAGUCUUAUAUCUGGUGCCAGAUGUACCUGGGCACGAUGGAAAUGGCGGGUUAAUUGGCUGGGGUGACCUACUCAAGAUCAGCGAGAAAGUAAAAGGAGUUGCCAGUAGGAAGCUAGGCCACGCGGCCCAUAGAGGCGGCAUGUGCAACAUGCAAGAGGACAGUGAAGAUGAAAGUAUCACAGAGUCAGAGCAGAAAGAACAAGGCAUGUGUACAGGCCGGUGGAAUCGUGGAUCCAGAUCAAGUGAUGGAAGCGGGGAGGUCUUUUUCAUCAAGAAGAUAUUGACCUCGCCGUCGAUGACGAGCAUGCGGUCAGCGCCAGAGAACAAGGCCAAGGCGAAGUCGAAAUCGAAAUCCACUUCGAGGCUGUCAUUGCCGCUUGGAUUGAAAUCCCCAAGCAAGAUCGAAGACAUCGACAGGUGGAGUCACGUUGCAAGGCCGAGAGGGAAUAGGGGUGGCUGCAUCGGCGUCGAGGACUUCUUUUAA